UCCUACCACUAUACCUACCAUUUUCCCGGAAAAUCUCACCAAACAGAACUCUGGUUUCAUUUCAUGGCUUCAUCUCCAACUUCCCAAAUUGGAUUGUCUAAUCGGAAACAAAAGCAAGGCUUAUCAUUCACAGAUUAUCUAAGAGGUUGGUCUGUUCUCCUCCAUGAGAUCUUCUUUGAGAAAAUCACAUCGAGACGCCUCAAAAGCCCUCUGCCUUUACCUCCUCUUUCUGAUCUCACAAUCAUUCUCACUGGUCCCACCAGUGGAAUUGGCCUUGAAAUUGCCAGAAACUUAGCCUUCUCAGGAGCUCACUUAGUCAUGGCGGUAAGAAACCAAAAGGCAGCUCAUGACUUAGUAAACCAGUGGAACCGUGAAAGAUCUUCUUCUCGUUCUCCCCCUUCUUCUGAUACUGAUUUUGAUGCAGCAAAGCCGCUUAAUAUUGAGGUGAUGAAACUGGAUCUUCUCUCUCUGCAAUCUGUUGUGAAUUUUGCAGAAGAGUGGAAUUCAAGGUCAAAACCUGUGAAUGUUUUGAUCAACAAUGCUGGGAUAUUCUCCAUUGGGAAGCCUCAGAGUUUCUCAGAAGAAGAUGGGUUUGAGACUCACUUGCAAGUCAAUCAUCUUGCACCUGCAUUGUUGUCUAUACUGCUCUUACCAUCACUCAAGAAAGGAUCUCCUAGCAGGAUUGUCAACAACAAUUCCGCAGCUCACUUUCUUGGCUUUGUAGAUGUAGAUGACAUGAAUUUUACUUCUGGCAGAAGGAAAUUCUCAAGCUUCAAAGGCUACUCAAGUAGCAAGCUAGCACAGGUGAUGUUCAGCAACAUCCUGCAGAAGAAGCUUCCUGCAGAAUCUGGAGUCAGUGUAGUAUGUGCAAGUCCAGGAGCUGUGAGAAGCACAAAUGUUCUUAGGGAUGUUCCUAAAAUGGUUCAAUAUGUUUUUCAAUCACUGCUAUUUUUCAUAUACACUCCUAAAGAAGGAGCUAGAAGUGUACUUUUCGCUGCUACACAUCCUCAGGUUCAAGAUUACACCAAGUCCUUAAAGGCUCAAGACUCUCCUGUUUGUGCUUAUAUAGAUCAUGACUGUACUUUUGGUUAUGUUUCUAAAGAAGCUCAGAACUUUGAGACAUCCAUGAAAGUUUGGGAAAAGACAUUGGAUAUGAUUGGAUUUCCUUCCGAUGCGGUGGACAAGUUGCUGAGUGGGGAUACUGUAGAAGUAAGCAAAAAAGAUAGGUCAAAUUAAGCUGCGUUGUUGGGAUGGUAUAUGGGUUUUUUCUUUUAGCUUCCACUUGAAACUGAAGCUAUAUUUCAUUCAUAAUUCUUCAUGAUUUUUUUUUUUUCGUUUUUCUUUCUAUAGGUGACAUUUGUUUGAAUAUUUGGAAUUACCCAGAAGGGAAGAAUAA